AUGGAGGAACUCCAGAUGAACAUCAUACACCUUCACUACAACCACACUGGAAAGCUGGACCACCGGCUACCAAGCUCCAACACCAACCAAGGAACUUUGGAUAUUACAACUAUCGUCCUCCUCAUCAUUUGCAGCUUCAUUGUUCUGGAGAACCUCACCGUUUUGGUGGCCAUAUGGAGGAAUCACAGGUUUCACAACCGGAUGUACUUCUUCAUCGGGAACCUGGCACUGUGCGAUCUGCUGGCUGGAGUCGCCUACCUGGUCAACUUGCUCCUCUCUGGACAUAAGACUUUUCAUCUCUCACCAACUCUGUGGUUUGUUAGAGAGGGCAGCAUGUUCGUAGCACUCAGUGCCUCCAUCUUCAGUCUCCUGGCCAUCGCUAUAGAGAGACACCUGACUAUGAUCAAAAUGAGGCCUUAUAAUGCCAACAAAAACUACAGAGUGUUUCUGCUCAUAGGGACCUGCUGGCUGAUUGCUAUAAUUCUUGGAGCUUUACCCAUCUUAGGUUGGAACUGCAUUGGCAACCUCCCUGACUGCUCUACAGUCCUGCCUCUUUACAGCAAGAAAUAUGUAGCUUUCUGUAUCACAGUUUUCAUGGUCUUGCUUUUAGUGAUGUCAGUCCUUUACACUCGCAUCUACAUCCUGGUUAAAUCCAGCAGCAGAAAGGUGAGUAAGCACAGACACUCUGAGCACGCAAUGUCCCUUCUACGCACCGUCAUCAUUGUAGUCGGGGUCUUCAUCGCCUGCUGGACACCCAUCUUCAUCCUGUUCCUGGUGGAUGUGGCGUGUGAGCAGCACUGCCCAGUCCUUUAUGAGGCCGACUGGUUUAUUGCACUAGCUGUACUCAACUCAGCCAUGAACCCGAUCAUCUACACGCUGGCCAGCCGUGAGAUGAGACAGGCCUUCCUGGCUCUGGUUUGUGGCAUUUGCUAUAAGGCAAAGGUGUCGGUGAAUGGCAGUGGGAAUAGGCAUUCCCUGGAGCCCAGCCGGAGCAGCCAGAACAACCAGAACCAGCUGAGGGGUCAGGAGACCGACACUGGAACAAAAGAGCAUGAUGAUCAGGAGGGUGUUGAGAGUGAUGGGAAAGACUGAAAGAGUAAGUUCAGCAACUCUGAAUAUGCAAUAUCCCUUCUACGCACCAUCAUCAUUGUUGUCGGGGUCUUCAUCACCUGCUGGACACCUUUCUUUAUCCUGCUCCUGGUGGAUGUGGCAUAUGUUCAGCGCCGCCCAAUCCUCUACAAGGACGACUGGUUUAUUGCACUAGCUGUUCUCAACCCGGUCAUAAACCCGGUCAUCUACACGCUGGCCAGCCGCGAGAUGAGAUAGGUCGUGCUGGCUUUGGUUUGUGUUGUUUGUGACAAGAAUUACAGUGGGUACAGGCGGUCCCGGGAGCGCAGCCAAAGAGGGAAGAAUUCAUUGAGCAGCCAAAACAUACCUAACCAGGACUAGCAGAGAGCAGUCCUAGUGAGGUCUCAGCUCUGGCUGGAACAAGAGAUGUUUAGAAGGGGCAUCAGGCCGACGGAAAAGACUGAAAAAAGAAUGCAAGCAAUUUACAGUAAGAAACUAUAUAGUGUCUUUAUUUCCUGCUGGACGUCCAUCUUUGUCCCCUCCUGGUGGAUGUGGCGUGUGAGCACCGCUGCACAGUCCUCUAUAAGGCUGACUGGUUUGUCAGUGUGGCUGUACUCAACUCUAAACUCUGGCAAACCUGGCUCUGGUUUGGGGCAUUAGCUGCAAUUUUUGUGUCACUAACCAAUGCUAUAAAAGUAUGAUCUACAAUUUACUCAGACCAGCCAUGACUUUCAGAUGUGUUUGUUGUGUGCAUAGAAAACGAUUCGGAGAAACAUAUUUUAGUUCACUUUGAUUAAGGCACACCUAUUGCUUAGUGAAACUGUUAAAAACUGUCAAAAACUGCAUCUGAUACCAAAUGAAAACACUCUUAGGUCUAUAGUAAACACAAGAGAAAUUCCACACAUUCACAAUUUUAUUGCCAAACAAUCAUACAGAAUGACAAACCCAUACAACUAAAAGAUUAAACAUCUGUAAACAUCAUUUGGACUCAUUUUUAUUUAAUCUUUUAAAUAUAACUGUCCCAAAAUAGUGUGUUUCUCUGUGACCCAAUCUGUCUUUUAUUUAUAACCCAGAAAUGAUGACAUUUAUAAUACAGUGAGGGAAAGAGACCACUAGUCUCAAGCAGCAACACUAAGCAGGGCGAAAAGCAACCUCCAGUGAACAGGCAUGCCCCAUCGAAGAUCAGCUAUUGCACAUUGAAGAAAGAGAAAGGGAGGGGAAAAAACAUUAUUUGUACAAAUUAAAGGCACAUUUUAGUCAACAGAAAUGUGGAAAGAGGCCCUCAGUAUCCCAGUGUUUUUAAUCGAGUAGUUUCUUUACAUUGCAAAGCAAAUCAUGUUGAGUGUGUUACAUUCAAGUAUAGAGCUGUUUUCACUUAGUUAAAAACUUUGUCCAAUUGACAUCAGAUGUUUCUUUUUUUUUUUUUUUUUACAAAUUUCCUUCUAAAAAAACCAAAAUACUUUACAAAAAUUUAGCAUAAUUUUCUUUCGCAAGCUCUCGGGUUUGCUGAACUUUAGUCACAAACAUUGCAGAAGUAAAAGGUGGGGAAGUGUUUUACAGUAUACCAAAUGUACUGCUUUAUGGCCAAGCAGUUUGUUGUGAAUACUUGUUCUGUACACACCUUCUUGAAGCAAAACAUAGGCACAUUAUAAUACAUUGCAUCUGUCUUGUCAAACUCGUUGACCACGUACUUGUUUUGGUACAACUCCAGUGGUCAAGUGCAUUUCAAAUACAAUGCCCCAUUCAUUUGGUAUCCAUCAGAGUCCUGACAACAGUAAGGAUAAAGGCAUUUGAAAAAAAAAGAAAAACAGAUGGUUUCCAGAACACUUGCAGAUCAUUACUAUAAACUCUAUCUAAAUUUGGGUUUCUUUCUUCACAAAAAACAGUCAGUAAGACGUAAGAAUGUACUAUUUAGCAGAAAGAUUGUUUACAGAUACCAGCGAAAUGUAAAUUAACUGUGAAAAGAAAGUGUCUGAGAAGAACCUACAUAUUCAAAUAAUAUGUGCGAUUAUGGUAUCUAGUGAUUGAAGAAUAUUGAUGAUCAGGCAUGGGCCGGUUAUCAUUACCAGAAAAAUUGGAGGAAUGAUUGGAGUUUUCUAAGGCAAUAUAGCAUGUAGAAUAACAAAGCAGCUCCCCUCCUUCACCUUGGCUGCACACUGCCGUUCAGCUGGCCAAAGAUCGGCUACUACAAUUUUCCGUCGCUUAUGACAAAGACCAAAUUGGCUGUAUGGUAAUAAAUCCGUUGAAAAAAAAAUGGGUAAUCAUGGUGUUGAAGCUAAAAUAGUGCCACACAUCACUCUUAGGGCAAUGCUGUUUAGAAACUACAGUUGGGAAGCUACAAGCAACAUAUUUGACUCAAAGCUGACUACCUGAGCACAUAACUUGACUAAUUUAACCACUUAAUAUCAGCUUUUUACAACCAGGGUUACUUUAGAAGAAGCAGAAUGGCAAAAAGUUAUGAUAUUCUGUGAAAUAAGAACCUAAAAUACUUCUACUAAAGUAGGCAGAGGUUUACACUACAUCUUUAAAUCUAUGUUUUCAAAUAAUAAAAAUAAACAUUGUAGACAACAUUAUCAAAGCUUAUUUUAGCAGCAGAUGGAAUAAGUGCUGCUUUCAGUUUCAAAGAAACUUUUUAUUUUGGAAACACAUCUAAACGUUAUCUAGGCUAAAAUUGAUAUUGGUGUGUUAAAGGUUCUAAAUGUAGACCUGCGUUAGCUAAAACUGACAAACAUAAAAAAGCAGUUGAAUGAGUUUAUACCAAAUAUUGGGGCAUUUAGAUUACUAACACGAUGUAUUUCCUGAAUGAGCUACAUGUCCACACACUUCAAAACGUCCAGGGGUCUCAUUUAUAAGCGUGGCGUAUGCACAACAUGAAGCCUGAAACUGGUUUAUACCACCUUUCAUGCAAAGGUUGUGUUCCAUAAAAACAAACUUGACUGGAGAAUGUGCAGUCCCUCACGCAAACUCUGACCCAUGCAUAUGCUCAUUUCGUUGGAAGGGGAUGGUGACGCAGAUGAAGAGGUAGGGAAUUGAAACCACACUGCAUCAUGAUUCCUCUCAGACAUUUUAAAUUUCACUCCAUAUCAGACUUUAACCAUAGAUCAACGUCAUGAUACUCAUUUAAAUCACAGUGUUAUUUAUGCUUGUUCUGGUGGGCCAUAACUAAGGACCUUUCACAUAAAUAAGAGGUCAACUUACAUCUAAGUCUGCACAUUUCAUCAAAGUUUUCUCACCCUCACAUUCCUCUCCCCAAUGAUCACCAGGGCGAUGUGUACCACAGAUUAACAAAUGAACUGACAGGAUGUGAGGCAACCACAGUGAGUGCUGCAAACAUUUAAAGACUGUAGUGACAUUCACUACACUUCCUUUUAUUUGUUGCACCACUACUGUGACUACCAAACGCAAUUUUCUUCUGACUCCACCUCACCCACCAACACCUUGAUUUCAGCCGCAGUGAAACUGUUGAAUGGGCUUGUAGAGGGCAGAACAUGAGGCAGAACCUUGUACGCAAAUGUUGAGGAGCAUCUGUGAUGUAUAAAAGGGAAAUUGCUUGCUGGUUUGCCUGCGCAUGGUUUUAUAAGUCUGGAUUUUCUUUGACGUACGCCAUUUUUACCUUUUGGCUGUACACUUUUAGUAUAGAUCCUCUGCAAUGGUUUAUAAAUGAGACCCUAGGACUUUCCCCAUUUACCAGUUGUGAUUUUACUGUUGUUUCUAGUUAAUUUUGUUUUUUCCACAGACCAAAAUAGACUGCAUUCAUCAUCUGCCUCUGCGAUAUUCUGUCAGCACAGCAUCAUCUCUACUUUAUGAACAACUGAGUCACAGAGGCGCUGCCACUGUAGGAGAGUGCAGCAGUUCUGGUUGGAAAGUAGGAUGCUUGCUCUUCUUUAAUUUCUGAUGAUAAAAAGAAAAAGUCUUGUCAUUGCACUCCCUGUACUGCUACAAUGUAAUCAAGUGAUGUUUCUAUCUGUAAUUAAAGUACAAGUAUGUAUAUGGUUUUACCACUCUACUCAGUUCUUCAGCUAAAAAAACAGAGAAUCUUUAAGACAUAUUACCAUAAUAUUGCAACUGAAAAAGGAUGAGAAUCAUUCGAUAUUGAACCAAAUCAAGCUGUCUUUUAAUUUCAAUUUAUGCUUUUGGCAUUUUUUUUAUUUAUUUUUGUGGAUUAAAAAAAAUCUAAGUUUAAGCUCAGACCACUUUUAGACCAGGCAGUUUUGCUUGGCCUAAACGUAAGUAUACAGUUCCAAACCAGGCCUACAUAUAGAUUUAACUUUGACAAAUGUUUGAUCAAGAUCUACAAGAAGUUUUGAAGUUAAAAUAAGUUCUAUUAGUAAGUGGAUUCUAUUUAUGGUAUUGAGUAAAUCCUGUGAAUCCAUGGUAUUUUUAAUCAAUGUUAUGUUGUAACUCCUACCAGCCCAUG